UAUUCGCAUAGAGCCAAAGAUAUCAGAUGGGAAAAUUGGGGGAACAACGGAACGUUGGGCCUACACCGUCGCCGCGUCGAAACGCGGCUUAAGGUUUCGGGCGUAGACCGAGCCGCGCUCUAUAACUGUCUAUGUAUAACCGAUCCCACCGAGCCCAGCGGAAAUAAUGACGUCACAGGGGGUCGAGGCGCAGGCGAGACGGGCCUGAAAGAGGCGAAUGCCAACGGAGUGAUACAUAGAGGCGGGUGACACGGUGCUUCGUCGGGCCGUCGGUUGGACCGUAUCGCGUCUCGCGGUCUCCCGUUUAAUGCGGCCGAUCUCGCGCGAUCUCGCGUCGUUGCGUCGCCCGCGAAUUGCUCGUCCCUGUUGACAGCGGUGGAAGCCGUCUGCGGUCCCGCUUUCCCUCUCGGCUGUCUUUUCAUGCAGGUAGGCCGAGCCUCGCAGUGAACAUUAAUACGAAUAAGCAUGUCCGAUCACUUUGGGCCGAUCACUCUGAAGUGGGAUCCCAAAAACUUGGAGAUACGGACCAUGUCCGUGGAGAAGACGCUGGAGCCGCUUGUGCUCCAGGUGACCACGUUGGUGAACACGAAGGGACCCAGCAAGAAGAAGAAGGGCAAGUCGAAGAGGGCGAGCGCGCUCGUCGGAACCGUGGAGAAGGCCACCACCAAUUUUAUCGAGAAGGGCGAGAAGAUCGCGUACGAGAAUCCGGAUAUCACGGCGGAGAUGCUGAGCGCUGUGGAGGAAGUGAGGAAAACGGGAGCAGCAAUGAGUAUCGCUGCCAGAGAGUUUUCCGAGGAUCCAUGCUCGUCCCUGAAACGAGGCAACAUGGUGCGCGCCGCGAGGAACUUGCUGUCGGCGGUGACGCGUUUGCUCAUCUUAGCGGACAUGGUUGACGUCCAUCUGCUAUUGAAGUCGCUCUACGUCGUCGAGGACGAUCUGAAGAAGCUGAAGAACGCCUCCUCGCAGGGAGAGGUGAUCCAGAACAUCAAGGAGUUCGGCAGAAACGCCGCCGAGCUGAUUCAGCAGGCGGCCAAGCGCCAGCACGAGCUGAAGGAUCCCCAGCUCAGGGACGAUCUGGCGGCCGCCCGGGCCGUCCUGAAGAAGCACUCCACCAUGCUGCUGACCGCGUCCAAGGUGUACGUGCAGCAUCCCGACCUGGCGGCGGCCAAGGCGAAUCGCGAUUACGUGCUGAAGCAGGUGUGCGAGGCGGUGAACACGAUAAACGACGUCGCUCAGGGGAAAACGCCGCCCGACCAGCAUCCUUACGACGGCCCCGGCGAGCUGGCCGCCGCGCUGGACGACUUCGACGAGAGGAUGGUGAUGUCGCCGCUCGCUUACAACGAGGUCCGCACGCGGCCGAGCCUCGAGGAGAGGCUGGAGAGUAUAAUCAGCGGUGCCGCGCUCAUGGCGGAUUCGUCGUGCACCCGGGACGAGCGUAGAGAGCGCAUCGUCGCCGAGUGCAACGCGGUCAGGCAGGCGCUGCAGGACCUCCUGAGCGAAUACAUGAACAAUUUACAGCGCGCUCGGGGUGGGAGACGGAUGGGCGUCAAGGAACAGUCUGAGGGCUUAGAGAGGGCGAUAGAUCACAUGUGCAGGAAGACCCGCGAUCUUCGCAGGCAGCUGCGCAAGGCCGUGGUGGACCACGUAUCGGACAGCUUCCUGGAGACCAGCGCGCCGCUGCAGGCCCUGUACGAAGCUGCGGAGAAAGGUUGGGUCAAGGAGGUGGAAGAGUACGCGCUCAUCUUCACCGAGCACGCGAAUAAACUGGUGGAGGUGGCCAAUUUGGUGUGCAGUAUGUCCAACAACGAGGACGGCGUGAAGAUGGUUCGCUAUGCUGCGGCGCAGAUCGAGAAUCUUUGCCCGCAGGUGAUAAACGCCGCGCGCGUGUGGGCCGCGCGAAACUCGGACGUCGCUAAGGACAACAUGAAGGUGUUCCGCCAAGCAUGGGAGAAUCAGAUGCGCGUCUUGACGGAGGCCGUGGACGACAUCACCACGAUCGACGACUUCCUGGCGGUCUCCGAGAAUCACAUUCUGGACGACGUCAACAAGUGCGUCCUGGCGUUGCAGGUACGACCCGGUGACGCCGACACCCUGGACAGACACGCGGGCGCGAUACUCGGCCGCUCCGCCAGGGUCUGCAACGUCGUGCAGGCCGAGAUGGACAAUUACGAGCCGUGCAUCUACACCAAGCGAGUUCUCGAGGCGGUGAAGGUACUCAGGAAGCAGGUGAUGCCAAAUUUCGAGCAACGAGUAGAAGAGGCCGUAAACGCGCUGCGCAGCAAUCCGGCGCAGGAAGUGGACGAGAACGACUUCAUCGACGCGUCCAGGCUGGUGUACGACGGGGUUCGCGAGAUCAGGCGAGCUGUGCUGAUGAACAGGGCGGACGAAGAUCUGGAUCCCGAAGAUGUGGAGUUAGACGAGCAUUACACGUUGGAAACACGUAGCAAGUCCAGCGCUCAGACCGGCGAACACGGCGUGGACGAGUAUCCGGAGAUCAGCGGCAUCACGACUGCCCGCGAGGCGAUGAGAAAGAUGCCGGAGGAGGACAAGCAGAAGAUCCUGCAGCAGGUCGAGUACUUCCGAAGCGAGAAGCUCAAGUUCGACAAGGAGGUGGCAAAGUGGGACGACGCCGGCAACGACAUCAUCGUUCUCGCUAAGCACAUGUGCAUGAUCAUGAUGGAGAUGACGGACUUUACUCGCGGUCGAGGCCCCCUCAAGACGACCAUGGACGUCAUAAACGCGGCAAAGAAGAUCUCCGAGGCUGGCACGAAACUGGACAAGCUGACCAGACAGAUCGCCGAUCAGUGCCCGGAGAGUUCCACGAAGAAGGAUCUCCUUGCGUACUUGCAACGCAUAGCGCUCUACUGUCAUCAGAUGAAUAUCACGAGCAAAGUGAAGGCGGACGUGCAGAAUAUCAGUGGCGAGCUGAUUGUUUCCGGCCUAGACAGCGCAACCUCCCUCAUACAGGCUGCCAAGAACUUGAUGAACGCUGUUGUGCUCACCGUCAAGGCUUCCUACGUCGCGUCAACCAAGUACCCGCGACAAUCCACGGUAACGUCUCCCAUCGUCAUAUGGAAGAUGAAAGCCCCGGAGAAGAAACCGUUGGUGCGUCCCGAGAGACCAGAGGAAGUUAGAGCGAAAGUACGUAAAGGUUCGCAGAAGAAGGUCCAAAAUCCGAUACACGCGCUCUCAGAAUUUCAGAGCCCUACCGAGAGCGUGUAAGUUCUCUAGAUGUAAGUAAACGAUAACAGAAAUAACAUAAUGUCACGUCCCUGUGUCUUGCUAUAUUUAUUUGCUACGACAUUUGCGAUUUACUUUGCCCGAUCAGUGCAGAGCGAUCGAUAUGAAAGAAGAAAAAGGUCGUCUCUAAAACCAUCGGAUAAAUUAUGAGAUGUCUGAGUAGGUUCCUGAUCUAAAUAUAAAGUGACAUCCGUUGUAUCGUUACUAAAUGUCGGGGCUGACACGGUGAUUAAAGGAGAUCGUUUCGAUGAAGAUUUUGCAUCUGUUCUGUCGAGGAAUUUUCCAACUCUAAUAAUCUAAUCUAAUGGGAAACAUUUGUCAUCGCUUGUGUUUUUCUUUCAGUUUUAUGAUAGAAGCGUACAAAGUAAUUCGUUGUCUUCUACCGACCUUUCACAACAAUUGACGUCUUUUAAAAAAUUUUAUAUCUACUCCAUAGGUUACUGUGCAGAGUGAUUCGUUCCUCCAUGUAUUCUUAUAUCUCGCACGCGUGUACUAGCUACGCUUACACUUGGCGCGAGACACUACCGUGUCUCGUGAUUACUACCAAUGUCACCCAUUUUUUGCUGUCACAUCUAAUGGGUUGUUAAGAAUUUUUAAUACUUGAUAAGAACCAGUAUUACUGGUCGAAACGUUGUAUGUUUUAAACGAAAUAUAUUGUGCCAGUUAAUUGUCGACGUUAUCCUUAUUAUUUGUUCUUUUUGAAGAUUGGCAAGUUAGUUUGAUACUUAUUUAUUUGAGAUUUACAAUGAUAACAUUUCAAAAAGUAUAUUGAAUCGUUAGACAAAAUUAUUCAAGCUAUGCCAAGCUUCACGUUUCGAUCAUAUAGUCGACCGCAUUGGAUGGAGUUUUACUUGUAUAUGGUCAUCGGUAACAAAAGCUUACACGUUGCCAUUUUGAAGAAUUGCCGAAUCACUCGCAUCCAUUAAUGCAUACACAUUGUAAAUAAGCGGAACGUGUGUGUGUGUAUUUGAUUCAUCUUUUUUUUCGUGUCGAUCGCCAAUUAGUCGGACACAGCGAAUUACAUGUAGCAGGGCAUAAGGACGUAACUACAGAACGUAUUAUUAUACAAGCAUCACCUUUCAAGAAUUGUAAGGCCAAGAUAUUUUAUUUUCGAUGAUAUUUAAGAUGCGAGGAAUAUCUAAUUAUUACGAAGUGACGCACGACUCCGUGUGAGAUCGCUCGAUAGUCGGCGGAAACCCGAUCCUCUUUCUUACCGCAUGUCUCGGUUUUAUGAGAGCUCGAUUAAAGAGUUGAACGUUACGAGGAGUGUAAGGUGAAUGGUAAUGCUUUGGAAAUUCGUAUUUAUCACUUACAAUUAGUAAUCAUUGUGCGGUACGCUACGCAUGAGUAUUCAAGUAUGUUAGUUAUUAGUUUUUAAUCGCGAGAACAAUAAUCGUAAUACAUGCGUAUAUACAUAAAUCCCGAGGAGUAACCAACGGAACUGUGGAGAAGAUUUCGGAGGAUGAUUACGAAUUAAAACAAAAAAGGCUGACGUACAUAUACAUCUCCCAUUUUACGGAGGCACAACUAAAGAUAAUGACUUUAUGUUUACAGAUUAUAUUUAUUUGUGAAUUCACGCUGCACGAUCGUCUUUAUAUUCGACAAGUUUUACGUGAUAGAUUUUACCCUAAAUUUUUUCCAGCUGCACGAGUGACAUCUUACUCAAGCAGCACAAUUAUAAAAAUACUUCCUGUGUAUCGAUUGUUCGAGGACACGCUAUUUCUUAUGAUGAAAUCUUUUUAUAUUAUUUUAUAUUGUGUAGAUUAGUUACUUUUUGUAUACAUCACUAAGAUUUAUUAUUCAUGUCUAUUCGAAUACGUUUAUAUAGAUUGGAAAUCCGUUUUUGUAUAUAAAUUUUUCUUUUCGCGAGAAAAAUCUAUAUCUUCUAGGAAUUCUUAUACGAAGCUCAUACAGGGGUCGAUAAAACUUAAUGGAUUGACACAGUAUUGUAUCGAAAUAAAGAGACUGCAGAAUUUAAUAUAUUAACUUGUAUAUAAGUAAAUAUAUGCCCAUGUUAUUUUUAAUUUUUGUAUAACGAACAACCGAAAUGAGAAAGGGAGUGCGAGAGAAGGAAAUUCCAAUUUAGUCCAUAUCGCAACGAUAAUAAUCUUUUACUAACGACUUUAAUAACCGAGUAUCUUAUUUCAGAAUUAACGUUAACUAUUAAAUAUAUUGUACUUCAUGUAAUAUUUGCAAUAUUAGUAAGAUUUCAAUUAUUGAAAGGCCAAAAGAAACCGAGAGCAAUAUACACAUUGCUCUAUAAAUUAAGUAAUUAUAUAUAUAUAUAUAUACAUACAUCUAUUUCUAUUUAUAUGUACGGAAUGUUUUUCGUAUUUUGUAAUAUACGAAGUUCUCAAAUGAGAUAUAGAUAUCAAGUAUUACGAUUAUAUUCAAGUGGUUCCCUAUCGUCUAUAAAUAGAGCCAAUAGGGGGAUAACAUCGUAGAUAUAAGAAUUAUACGUUCAUUAUAUUGAAGACAUGAUUUACUCGUUACAAUUAAUUUGUUCGAUGACGAUUAUUUUCGUUUAUGCACGAUCAUUUUAUUUCAUGUAAUUCUCUAGAUAGGACCACGAUGCACCAGUAUCAUUCUCUGGCCCGUUUUAUAAUUGCAAAACACAAUGCAAUACAAGAUUUAUUAUAUUCUAUACUGAUGCCAACGUAAUUCAUUGUGCGUCAUCACUGUGCACUAAAUAUACAAUAAUGCUGUACUUCCGAUUUCUUUUACAGGACGUAUUAUUUCAGUAUUCCGAUUACGUGUGUACGCAUAUUUUUACGUUAUUUAGAUAAUCUACGUAAGAUCGAGCCAUCGAUCGCUACGAUGAAGCGGAUGCCAAUAUAUUGUGUAAUAAGUCGGCGUCGCCUUUUUUAUUAUAUAAAAUAAGUAUUACUUAUACUGAAGUUACUUUUAAGAUUGAAAUAUUGUAAUCAAUAUGCUGCCAAAUAUAGGGUGAUGCAUUUCUCAUAACAAUGACGUGUUUUUUUUUUCUGAGCGAGUAUACGUUCAUUCCCAAGAUAUCCAGGUACCGCGCACGGCGCUCCUACUACGAUGUUGGGGAUUAGAAAAUAAGCGAAAGCUGAUUUUUUAUCUACAUUUUGAUACAUAUAUCUCUAUAUUUCUCGAUUUACACGUACACGUUAAAUGCUACAGAAAAAAAAAGGAGUAUAGGCACGAACAAAACCACAAA